AUGAGCAUGAGCAUUGAAAUCGGUCUUGCGCGAGCGGCGUUCCCGGAGAGGAGAAGGAUGCCGGCGCAGAAACCAGAAGUCACGCGAACAACGUCAUCCCUGCCGCCAGAAGCCGAGCAGGAAGCGUACAGCGUAAUUUCACCAAGAGCGGCCGUCUCGAAGAAAGCUGCAAUCGUCGACGAAGAUGAGCCGCUGAUCGAUACGACGGAGCAAUUGGCGCUGAAGUCGAAGAAGACCGAUCGCGCCAAGAAGAAGCAGGAACGGAAGCUGAAGAAGGUGCUGGUCACGUCCGAGACGAAGUCGUUCCUCGAACUGCCAAGGGAGCUUCUGGACGAAGUGCUGAGCUAUCUCGCCCCCAGCGAUGUCAUCCGGCUGCAACAGCUCAACAAAGCAACGCAGGCGUACAUCACGGAGAACGAGGAGAGCAUCGCCAAGACCAUUAUUGCGCGACGAUACCAUGUGCUUUCUCGCAGCUUCCAGUGUCCGGUGCCGUUCGAGCAACUGGACGCUCGCACACAAUGCUCAUUGCUCAGCUCCGAAUGGCAGGACAAGAGCAAGCUGCACCGGAACUCCUACUAUCAGAUCGUGAGGCCGCUCGAUCCAAGGAAGGUCUGUACAUGCACGACUUGUAUGCUGGCAUGGAACAACCUGAACAUCAUCCUCGACCUUGCCCACUUUCAGAAAAAUCUCAACGAGCGAGAGCCGAUACCUCUUGUCCCGCGAGGCACAAGCCCGAAAUGGCACACCGAUCUGCAGGAGCGGAACGCAGCAAUGGUGAUGAGGUCCAUGUACAAUCCGCUGUGCUAUGCGCUCAUUCUCCAAGUUCAUCUGGAAACUAUCGUCGGUACUUUGACACGCACCGCUCGCGUAGGAAAGAAAGCUGCGCACCCGAAACGAUUGUAUCACAUGUCGCCGGAGGACGUGACGUCGGGAACUGACAUGUUUUUGGAGCGCAGUGGUCCGCCUUCAACGACAAUCCCGUAUCACCGCGACAUGUACUACAAUCUCGAGGCGUAUGUACCGAACCGGGCUUGGAGCAAAGAGAAGCAAAAGUGGCUGUACGCGAGAGCGCCGCACGACAAUGAUCUGCAAUGGAUCGUCAGCCGGUUUGAGCCCGAUCGCAGAGGAAGUGUGUAG